CGUCCAUUUUCAUUUCGCAAACAUAAAAAAAACGACGACUAAAGAAAAAAAGACAGACUUGUUUGUCGGUUAAAAUAUAUUUCGUUUAAGAUAAUGUGACGAAGAAACUGUUUCUACUGUAACAGUUAUUAUAGUUUUAUUUGGUGAAGCCUCUACCCAGAGAAAACGAUUUUUAAGAAUUACUAAAUGACACAAACUGUUCACAAUAUGGAAGAUGAAUACAAGAAGUUACCAACAGAAGAAAAAUGUGUUCACAAGCUCUGGAAGGCCAGAGUGGCAGGCUAUGAGGAGACAAUCAAACUCUUCAAUCAGAUUGACGAUGAGAAGUCACCGGAAUGGAACAAGUAUUUGGGAUUAAUCAAGAAGUUUGUGACUGACAGCAAUGCUGCCGCUCAGGAAAAAGGAUUGGAAGCUACGCUUGUAUUUGUUGAAAACUGCGGCCAUGCUGGUAAGACCACUGGAGAGGUCAUGUCCGGGAUUAUUGCCAAGUGCUUUUCCGCACCCAAGACUAAAACUAAAGAUUUGGCCUUACAGAUAACCCUAAUGUAUAUAGAAAUAGAGAAACACGAAAUUGUUGAAGAAGAAUUAUUGAAAGGCAUGGAGCAGAAGAAUCCUAAAGUGGUAGCAGCCUGUGUCGCAACUUUGAAUACUGCCCUCAAACAGUUCGGCAAUAAAGUUAUAGCCAUCAAACCUAUGGUCAAGAAAAUACCUGUACUACUCGCUGACCGAGAUAAAACUGUCAGGGACGAGAUGAAAGCCUUAGUUGUGGAAAUGCACAGAUGGAUAGGCCCCGCGAUAGAGCCGCACAUCGCGUCCCUGCAGGCGGUGGUGCAGCAGGAGCUGCGGGAGGCGUUCACCAGCGGCGGCGGCGGCGCGCAGCCCACGCGCUACCUGCGAUCCCAACAACACAAGACAAGGGAUGCCCCCACCGCUGAUGCCACAGACGGCGGUGCCGAAGACGAGGAUGCAGAUACUGGAGGUGGAGACUGCACAGAUGUGGAUCCAUUCGAUCUAUUGGAUCCUGUCGAGAUUCUAUCCAAACUACCUAAAGACUUCUAUGAUAAAUUGGAAGCCAAGAAAUGGAAAGAUAGAAAAGAAGCACUUGAUGCUCUAGAGGCAUUGCUGAAAACUGCUCCCAAGUUGGAGCCUGGGGAUUAUGCUGAUCUUGUCAGAGCACUCAAAAAGGUGAUCGCGAAAGACGCGAACGUGAUGCUAGUGGCGUUGGGAGGGCGGCUGCUGGGCGGCGUGGCGGCGGGGCUGCGCGCCCGCUUCCAGCCCUACGCCGCGCCCUGCGUGCAGGCCAUCCUCGAGAAGUUUAAAGAGAAGAAGCCGAACGUUGUCGCGGCGCUGCGGGAGGCCAUCGACGCCAUCUACCCUUCCACCAAUCUGGAAGUAAUAAUGGAAGACAUGCUAGCUGCGUUUGACAAUAAGAACCCGUCUAUAAAGGCCGAGAGCGCCCUAUUCCUGGCCCGCGCGCUGUGCCACACUCAGCCUGCCGCUUUUAAUAAGAAACUCUUAAAGGCCUAUGUGGCAGGCUUAUUAAAACUAUUGGAGAGCGCUGAUCCAGCUGUAAGAGACGCGGCUGCAGAAGCUCUAGGCACUGCCACUAAACUCGUGGGCGAGAAGAACAUAGCACCGCAUAUUGGAAAGUUGGACAACCUGAAGGAACAGAAGAUCAAGGAAUUUGCAGAUAAGGCUGUUAUUCAAGUAAAACUAACAGCGCCAAAAGAAGCUAAACCAAAAUCAGCUCCUGUUGCAAAAGACACCAAGACAGCUGGUUCCUCCCAGCCCAAACUUGUUAAGCGACCAGCCUCAGCCGUAAAAAAGAGCAGUGCUGCCACAAAGAAGCCCGUAGCAGGACGAGGUCAGAUCAGUCCUCCGAGGGAACAAGAACUGUCUUCUGAAGAAAUAGACGCACGCGCUGAACAACUACUUAACCCUGAUGUUAUUAGUGGUCUUGGAGACGGCAAUUGGAAGACUCGUCUGUCAGCUGUCCAGUCUUAUUACUCUACAGUACAAAGCCUAUCUACAAACGACGCCACAGCCCAAGUACUGUAUCGAAUAUUGAACAAAAAACCAGGUCUCAAAGACACGAAUGUACAGGUUCUCAAAGCAAGAUUAGAAGUAUGCAAGUACAUUACAGAGAAUUUUCCGAUUUCCACAACUGCCGCAGAUUUCAUUCUCCAAGAUGUAGUCACGAAAUUGGGCGAGAGUUCCUGCUCUGCUCUGUCAGCCGAUUGUCUGACCUCCCUGGCGGAGUCGUGCGGCCUCGAACAUGUCUUAAACGAAGGAUUGACUUUCGCUAUGGACUCUCAGAAGAAUCCCAAAGUUCAGUCCGAAAUAUUCAACUGGAUGUCUAAUGCAAUCAAAGAGUUUGGAUUCAAUAUGAACAUAAAGUCGAUAGUUGCGCACUCGAAGAAGGCUCUGUCGGCCACGAACCCCAAUGUCCGCACUUCGGUAGUGAACUUCCUGGGAGUGUUGUCGCUGUACGUGGGCCCCGCGCUCAUCGGACACUUCGACAGCGAGAAGCCGGCCACCAAGCAGCUCAUCAGCCUGGAGCUCGACAAGUACGCCAACAGCACGCCGCCGACCCCCACCAGGCAGGUCGGCAGUGUCACCAAGUCCGCCAGCAAAGUGUCGAUGGGCGAGGACCUAGAAGAAGUAUACGAAGACGCGACUGAGGACGAGCCGGCUCCCGCCGAGGACUCGCGGCCGCGGACGGACAUCGCGCCGCUCAUCACGGAGGCGCUUGUGGCCGAAAUGAAUGAUAAGAACUGGAAGGUUCGUAACGAAGCUUUAGACAAAGUGAAGGCGAUAAUAACGAAUUCAUCGCCAAUAAAACCGAGUCUGGGCGAGUUGCCGCCGGCCCUGGUCGCCCGCCUGCUGGACUCCAACUCCAAACUAGCACAGACCGCUCUCAAUAUAUGCGAGGCGCUGGCCACAGCGAUGGGCCCUAAGUGCAAACAGCACGUGAGGACAUUCUUCCCGGCAUUCUUUCAAGCCCUGGGCGACAACAAGCAGUGGAUCCGCGCGGCGGCCGUGUCGUGCGUGGAGGCGUGGUGCCGCGAGGCCGGGCCCGCCGCGCCGCUCGACGGGGAGAUGCUGUUCGACGCGCUGAAGGCGGGCUCGCCUGUACUCAGGGCCUCGCUGCUGCAGUGGCUCGCUGAACACCUGCCUAAUGUACCUGCCAAAUCAUUUCCAAGAGAAGAGCUCUCAGUGUGUGUGGGGACGCUAUUCGCGUGUAUAGAGGACCGGGCGGCCGACGUGCGGAAGGCCGCAGGGGACUGCGUUUUCCCGUUCAUGUUGCAUUUGGGAUACGAAGCGAUGCACAAGCAGCUUGAAAAAUUGAAGCCCGGCUCCAAAACAGUAGUUCUGGCAGCAUUAGACAAAGCUCGUCCAAAUUUGCCAAUUCAACCGUUACCAACCAAAACCAAGAAGGAGGAGACCAAGGGAGUUAAGACCGGAGGGGCAAUGAAGAAAGAAGCAGAAAAGAAAAGCGCCCCUGUAGGUAAAGGAAAGGUGGUUAAACCGUCGUCGGCUUCAAGUCGCGGUAAGAAAGACGAUGAGGAUUGUUCCCCGCUAUUACCAAACAACAAUGCCAAGAAUCAACGUAUUAUUGACGACCAGAAACUAAAAGUAUUGAAAUGGAAUUUCACAACACCACGAGAGGAGUUCUUCGAGCUUCUCAAAGAUCAAAUGGGCACCGCCGGUCUCAAUAAACAACUUAUCGCCAACAUGUUUCAUAGUGAUUUCAGAUAUCAUCUAAAAGCGAUCGAAGCAUUAUCUGAAGAUCUUCACGAGAACGGUCCAGCGUUAGUUUCCAACUUGGACUUGGUCCUCAAGUGGCUGACUCUGCGAUUUUUCGAUACAAAUCCAUCAGUCAUACUCAAGGGACUGGAGUACUUGUCAAUGGUAUUCCACCAUCUCAUAGAUUGCGACUACACAAUGGCGGAAUAUGAAGCAAAUUGUUUUAUUCCUUAUUUGGUGUUAAAGGUGGGGGAUCCAAAAGACACUGUGCGCAAUGGCGUCAAAGCACUCUUCAGACAAAUAUGCGUUGUGUAUUCUGUUACAAAAUUGUUUGGGUACCUCAUGGAGGGACUCAAAUCUAAGAAUGCGAGGCAAAGAGCCGAGUGCCUGGAGUGCAUCGGGCACUUGUUGGAGACGUACGGGUCGACGGUGCUGACCUCGGGCGCCGCCGCACUCCGCGAGCUCGCGCGUCACAUCGGCGACCGGGACAAUGCGGUCCGCUCCGCCGCCCUCAACUGUAUCGCCAACGCCUACUUCCUCGAGGGAGAGAAAGUCUACAAGAUGAUUGGACAGAUAUCUGACAAAGACCUCUCAUUACUGGAAGAGCGCAUCAAGAGAGCCGGCAAGACUCGCAGCGCUGAGGCUCGACGUUCCAUGGUAGUUCCUUUGUCGGCUACAGGGAAACCUAUUCUGCAGCAGCCAGAGGAGCCCGAAAUACCACGUCGCAUGAUAUCAGCUGACACUAUACCGCAGGCGGAAUACGAGGAGGAAGAGGAGGAGGAAGAACAACAACCUCCACCGCCCGUGAACGUUGCACCGCUGGAACCGAGAGUCAUUACCGGCCCGUUCGGUCUAGAUCCAGACCUGAUAGCACAGUUAGACGCAGCAGUUCCCUCAGUACGGAGGCCAGAACUAGCUCAGCCAGACUUGAAAUUUUUGGACGACCCUGUGCCCGUUGGAGGCAUGAGGAAACCCACCGUCCAACCAGUCAGGGCCAGCAUAGUGCCGCCGUCGCCGGGCCGCCCCGCGCCCGCGCCGGCCGCGCCGCCCUGUGCCGUCGACGACGCGCAACUCGCGGACACCAUCCACUCCAUAUCCAGCCCCGACCUCAAUGCCGCCAUGCGCGCGUUGUCGCUGAUCUCCGGCGUGGUGGUGUCGGGGCGCGGCGCGGCGCUGGGCGCGCACGAGCAGCGGCUGGUGGCGGCGGUGGCGGCGCAGCUGCGGCGGCUGCGGGCCGCGCCCCCCGCCCCAGCGCACGACGCGCUCUCCGCCUACAAGUGCCUCGCGGGGGUGCUCACCAAUUUCUACGACACAGCCGGCUGCGGCUCGCAAGUGGGCGAGAGCGCGUUGUGCUGCCUGCUGGGGGAGCUGCUCCGCGUGCUGGGCGCGGGGGGCGCGGCGGGGGCGGCGGGGGGCGCGGACGCCGAGCGGCUCGUGCGCAUCCUCAACAACGUGUGCGUGCGCGUGCUCGAGCACUCGCCCCGCACGCCGCUGCUCUGCGCAAUAGUCUCCCUGCUCCAUGAUUCAAUCGGAGUGUCAGAGCCGGAGUACCCGCGCUACCAGGACCUCCUCCUCAAGUGCUUCUGGAAGACGUUGAAGAUGAUCUCCACUUGGGAUGUCAAUUCGAUAGACUACGACGCCGUGCUGUACAAAAUACAUUUGUUCUAUAAGGCUUAUCCGAAUAGCUUUUGGAAGAAGAAUCCUGAUAUAAGCGAUACGCCAUACAGGACAGUGAAAACAUUGGUACAUACUCUAGUCAAAAUGAAAGGCUCAUCGAUAGUGAACCAUCUCACCCAGGUACCGGACGUCAACGAAUCUGACCUCUACCCUUAUUUACUUAAAGUUUUGAAGCAACUGAAACUGGACGAAAAGAAAGAAAACACUCCGGACGCGAUCAACGGAGGCUCUGUCCUGGCGUCCGUCACGCCCAACGCCGCGCUCACCGCCGGCCGCCUGCCGCGCGCCGUGCACGAGGAGCUCGCCCUCAUCCUCAAGCGCAUCGGCAGCAAGGAGCACCACAAGGAGGCGCUCGUACAGCUCUACGACUUGAGGGAGCGACACCCGGACGUGGACAUUUGGACUUUCAUGCAAGGCUCGUCGUACUACUUCCGCAACUUCGUCGAGCGAGGCCUGCGCGAAGUGGCCGAGCAGAGGAAACUGGGCUCUAUGCUCAUGUACAAACACGACUACAAGGCUGACAACAUUGACAUAAGUAAUGAACACGACGAGAAAUCACAUGUGAUCUUCUUGGAAAGACUCAGAGCUUUGCAGGCGAAAGCUGGAAUGAAAACAGAGUCCCCGUCACAAGCUCGCACGCCCAUCGCCGACAACAGAGCGCUCGUCGACUCCAUUAACGACAGCACGCUGCCCAAGCCGCACAGCAUCGACCCGCAGCUGGAGCUUCACACCACACAACCGCUGUCACACAAGAACGAGGCGGCGGUCGACGCUCUGCGCCUGAAACUGCAACAAAUCAAGAGCUCCUCCAAAAGAUAGGCGGUCCCUGUUGCAACCACGCGGAUUAUGUAGCUCUCUCUUUCACACACCAUUCAUAACCACACUCACAAUUUCUUUCUGCAACACUAGUUUCAAUCUUGUUGUGAUUUAUCUGAAAAGUUGAAAAUACCGUGUGCCAUUCGUUGAUAAAGAAAUUGUGAGUUGUUAUCCUUAGACAAAGCGGUGCGCUGCACUCGAGGUUUCCUUAGAAUUAAAUGUUCGUGAGGCACGAAGCAAUAAUUCGAUUUAUCAUUCGCUUUGUAGUUCAAAAUGAUUAUUUGAAUCGACUUAUUUAACAUAUUACCACUGCUUGUGAUCGACUAACGCACGAAAUUUAGUUACACGUUGUAGAUUUUUUUGUGACGCCUGAUUAGUUCAUACACAAGAAUUUCGUAUCCCUUGCUAAGAUAUAACGACGACAAUACCGCUAAACAGUAUCGCCUCUGACAGGGUAUUAGGUGUGCUUGCGAGUUCUGGGACCUUAGUAAGGGAACUAAAACAUGUUUAGUCAUAAAUCGGUAUUUAAAAUUGGCGUAAAUUGAAACGUGUGAUUAAUUAACGUUGUCUGGCCGUAGUUAAUGUGAAGUACAUAUUACGGAGCUUAGAAUAAUAUUAGACAUUAAUUAUCAAAAAUAAAUUGAUGUGUAAACCAAUAUAAUGGAUAUUCUAUCAAUUCAGUAUAUCUAGAUCGGCUUUUUUUUUCGUGAUGUUCCAGUUCGGUAAUGCACUUGCUUCUAGAAGUUUCUACAGAAUAUGUAUUAGUCAGUUUAAUCGGCCUACGUGUCUCAUUGAUUUCAUUAUUAAUAAUUUUAAAAUGGAGAUCACUUUCAUUAUUGGAAUAUCCAAUGAAACUUCAUUAAUACUUCAUUAAUUAUAAAUUUGAGGGCGAUACAAGAAUGGAAUGUAAUAUAAUCCAUCUUACGAAACUAAAGAAGUGAUUAAUGAUAAACAAUGUUAUAGGUUUGUAAUACAGCAUCCUUUGAUUUCACUAUUAUAUACUUUUAUUAAUACUAAUCCUGCCCCAUAAUAGUUAUAGAUACAUCAACAUUAUUACAAACCCUAGCAAAUAAAUAAAUUGGAGAUAGCGCUUACGAAAAAAAAAGUAGUGUAUAGAAAAGAUGCGAAAAACCUAAUUUUUGUAUGUACGCGUGUGGAACUCAAUGUAGAUUUCAUGGCCGGUGAAAACUAUGAUUGAGGGAGGUGUUUGACUAAUAAUAAUAACGUUUUAAAAUUAUUUUUGUUUUAUGCGUUGGAAGUAUUGCGCGGGCGGGACUGUUCUAGAAUACUACAUAUUGUAUGUUGUUUGAGAAACUUCCGUGUCAGUACUUCACACGCCGAUUGUAUUGUGCUAACCUUAUUUAUGUUUGGAUGAGUUUUAAGACUGUUUUACGAGUUUGCAACGCGCGAUCCUCGAAUAAAAAUAAUGUGUUCUGUUUGUUUUGUUGUGGUAUUAUAAAUUUCAUCUCGAAUGUGACAUCUUUUCACGCUUGCCUAAAUUUGAACAUUACACGAAUUUAUUCUGUCUCCGUCAACUUGUCUGUGUAGAUUAAAGUGCUUACGUAUUGAUGAGACGAAAAAAAUUAAAAUGUGUUGAGUCAAAAAAUGUUAGGGCGACAAGACUCUUUGAAUAUGAUAAAGGAUCGUGAUGCGUGUCAUAAUAUUGCCUGGGAAUUGAUUUCAAUUGUUAUUUUUGUCUGAAAUUGUAAUUUAUUUCAGUGGAGCAUUAUAUACUAGAAUACGUUGUGGUUGUGGUUUUGGCAUAUCUGCAAUCCACAUUUAAUAAUGUUCUCUUUACAUCAGAUCCGAACAGUUGUAUUUUCUUACUUUUUACGAGUUUUAGUAGUGAAUAAAAUCUACAACUUAAAAAAAAAAACAUCUUUUACAAUAUGGCAGCACGUAACUUCGAUUUUAAUCUCGUUCAUGAAGAUCCUUGUCGCCUUAGGCAGUAACAUGAACAUGCAGUAUAAUGACAAAGAAAUUGAUUGUUCUGCUACAGAAGAUGUCACAUUGUAUGUUAUUUAGUGUUGUGUUUGGAAUGUGUUCGUUACAACAAUCGAAGAGUUGGCUGACAUCCAGUAGGUUUAUUGGAAAACUUGUUAAGCUGAGAUGAGGCAAUACGAAUAUUAACACCGUGUAACCACUGUUAUUAAUCAAAUUAUAACCGAAACAUUCCCGUCAGUAUUGGUUUUUUAAUGUACAAAAUUUUCAUGUAUUCAUUCCCUCCUUACUGUAUGUAAUCAAUUGUGUACCCUACAUUUUAAAUUUUCUUAUGACGUUUUUGAAAUUAUUUGUUAAAUAUAAACCGUUCACUCAAUGUUGUCUCUUUAGUUUACAAGCAGCUGUAGUUCUAGUACUAGUUAGUGACUAAUAAAAUCCUUUAAUAGACAUUAAGUUGCCGCAAUUCCUAGAAAUUGUUACCAGUUACUAUUAUUUUCACAGAAUCAUCAUUUUUAUAAUUGGACUAAACUACGUACGACUAAACGUUGUCGUUACGAAUUUCGUAUUAUCGACGUUUUAUUUUUUAUCACCAUCUAUAUCAGAUUGUUUUUUGUAUUGCUGAAGGACACUGAAGGUACACAUUUUUCUAUUUUUUUGUUUUUUUUAUAUAUUAGAAUACAUGUUACUCUCUAUAGAUUAGUUAAUUAAAUUUGCUUAUUUUAGACAUGACGUUUCAUAUUAAUUAUUAUCAGCAUUUAUUUAUUGUAAAAAAAUCAUGAUGUAAUAAAUAAUAAAUA